AUGCCCCACUGCCUGCGCCCCUCAUGCCCCACUGCCUGCGCCCCUCAUGCCCCACUGCCUGCGCCCCUCAUGCCCCACUGCCUGCGCCGCUCAUGCCGCACUGCCGGUGCGUGGGCAGGUCUCUUUGCUGUCUUCAUCUUCACCAAGCCGCUGCCCCGCACUCGUCUGCCGCCGCCACCACCACCACCACCUCCCACACCGUCAGCAGUGGCAGCAGGCGAGGUGGCAGGUGGGGGAAGGGGACCGGGGGAGGUGCGGGCGGCACAUGUGUGUGCAGCCAUCUCCGCCACGCCACUGGAUGAGCCCACCUCUCUGCGUCCGUCCCUGCCCAUGGUGCCCGUGCCCCCUGCACCACCACACGCUGCCACCACCCCUGCCCCGCCUCCCAGCGCCUGUGCACACGCAGUUGACGCGGUGGUGAGUAGCACGCGUGCACGCACAUCGCCCUCGCCUCCACCCACGCUGCCUGCUGCCCACAGCCACCGCCAUGCUGGUAGUGGGGGCGCAGUGGGCAUGGCACGCACGCAUGGUGGUCCGCCUUGCCCCGCUGCUGCGCUGCCACACAUGUGUGGCGCCGUGCGCGUGGAGGUGAGCGCGGGGCCACCUGUGCUGCCACACAUGGAGGUGAGCGCGGGGCCACCUGUGCUGCCCGUGGCGCAGGAGGGACGAGCUGAGGCGAGCCCACGCGGCGAGGUGAGAGGCAGUGCGGGUGCAGGGAGGGGCGAGAGGGGCGAGAGAGAGGCGAAGGCGGUGGGCAGGGGGGCGCGCGGCGUGUGGGACCUGGUCGACCUGGACGCCUCCCACGGCGACCUUGACCCCUCCCCCUCACCCUGGGCGCUCGCCCCCCUGCCCCCCGUCCCCCCCCUCUCUCCCCCUCCCCUCUCCGCCCCCCCCUUCCACCCACCUGCCUCCUGCCUGCCCCCUACGCGUGGCAACGUGGGCGUGGGUGGGGAAAGGCAGGCGUGGGGUGCUGUGCCCAUGCAGAGAGGGCAGUGGGGGGCGAGGGAAGACAGGGAGCAGAGAGGGGGAAGGGGACAGCGGGAGGAGAGGGGGGAAAGGGGGAAAGAAGGGGAAAGAGAGGAGAGGGGGGAGAGGGGCGACAGGAUGCAGGAAGAGGUGAUGGUGGAGCGAAGGGGAACGGCAGAGAAAGCGCAACAACACAGUGGGGCUAUGGGAAGCAAGAGUGGGAUGGAUGAGGAGGUUCAGUCGUUUCAUGUGCUUGCGCUGCAUCCAUGCGCUACUGAGCCGCACCACAGUGCUGAGAGGCAGAGCGAGAGUCACACUGGUUGGCUCGAGAUGCACUCCCACUCUCACGCCCAGCGCCCUCAGCAGCAGCAGCAGCAGCAGCAGCAGCAGCAGAGGCAAGGCGAUGUGCAUGUAUGCGCGGAUGCGGCAGUGCAGAGCAGGUGGGUGCGCAUGGCAUCCCCGCCACGCGUGCCCCAGGGGGCGCUGCCUGCCCCGCUGCCGCUGCCGCGCACAGGCAGUGCUGGCUGCACCCAGGGGGGCGCUGGGGAGGGCGGACACGGGAGGGAGGGAGGGGACGGUGGGGAGGGAGGGGAGGGAGAGGAAGGUGGGGGCGCGGUGAGGUGGCGGGCGCAGGGCAAGCGCGAGCGCAGUCGCAGGAAGGCGCGCGGGGUGGCGAUGGACGACAUCCUGCGGCGCACUCCCAUCCUUGCUGCCCGCGGGCUGGUGCGGCCUGAGGGGUGCCGUGGGGCGCACGCGAUGAGCGCACGGGAUGGUGGGGAGGGGAGGGCGGGGGAUGGAAUGGGAGUGCGGGAGGGGUGGGUGCCGGGGGAGGCAGGGCGCGGUGGCGAUGAGGUGGUGGAGGGGAGGGCGGGCACGAGGAGGGGGGAGGUGGACGAGUGGGAGGAGUGGCACCGGCGGCAGAUGGCUGCUGGGGGGCAUGCGGGGCAUGCGGGGCGGGCAGGGCAGGCGGUGCUCAGCAGUGCACAGCCUGCAAGGCAUGACGGCAGCAGUGCUGCUGCUGCAGUGGUGGAGCGAGUGGGGGAGGCGCAUGCAGGUGGAGAGGCAGGGAUGCAUGCAGGUGGAGAGGCAGGGAUGCAUGCAGGUGGAGAGGCAGGGAUGCAUGCAGGUGGAGAGGCAGGGAUGCAUGCAGGUGGAGAGGCAGGGAUGCAUGCAGGUGGAGAGGCAGGGAUGCAUGCAGGUGGAGAGGCAGGGAUGCAUGCAGGUGGAGAGGCAGGGAUGCAUGCAGGUGGAGAGGCAGGGAUGCAUGCAGCAGCGCAAGACAGCGAGACAGCCCUUUGGGCAUUGGGAGUUGUAGGCGCUGCGGGUGGAGGUGGAGGAGGCGUCCCCGCUGUGCCACACGAUGGCUCGUCCAGUGAGGUGCAUGCAGGUGGUGCGGUGGAGCAGGAGCCCCUCAUCACCUACUCACUCAAGCGACACCGCAAAUCCCUCAACAAGGAGCACACCUGGAAGUAG